AUGGGGACAGUGGUAAGAAGUGGGUCCAGGGUCCUGCUGUGGGUGCCCUGUCUGCUCCUGGCAUUCCCUGCUUCAGCCCCCGGGCCUGGGGUCACACAGCCUGAAGUGGACACCCCCCUGGGCCGCGUGCGAGGCCGGCAGGUGGCCGUGAAGGGCACAGACCGCCUGGUGAAUGUCUUCCUGGGCCUCCCGUUCGCCCAGGCACCUCUGGGGCCUGGCCGAUUCUCAGCCGCGCGCCCAGCGCAGUCCUGGGAGGGUGUGCGGGAUGCCAGCAAUGCCCCUGCGAUGUGCCUGCAGGAUCUGGAGAGAAUGGACAACAGCAGAUUUGUGUUGAAUGGAAAGCACCGGCUCUUCCCUGUUUCAGAGGACUGCCUGAUCCUCAACAUCUACAGCCCUGCUGAGGCCACUGCAGGGGCCAGGCGGCCGGUCAUGGUGUGGAUCCAUGGAGGCGCUCUGGUGGCGGGUGCUGCCACCUCCCAAGACGGGUCAGCCCUCGCUGCCUACGGGGAUGUGGUAGUGGUCACCGUCCAGUACCGCCUGGGGUUUCUUGGCUUCCUCAGCACUGGGGAUGAGCAUGCACCUGGCAACUGGGGCUUCCUAGAUGUGGUGGCUGCUUUGAACUGGGUGCAGGGGAACAUCUCCCCCUUUGGAGGUGACCUCAACUCUGUCACCAUCUUAGGCGCUUCGGCUGGCGCCUGCAUCGUCUCUGCCCUGGUCCUGUCCCCGCUGGCUGCAGGGCUCUUCCACAGGGCCAUAGCUCAGAGUGGGAUCGUCACCAUGCCAACGUUAACGGAUUCUAACCCAAGGGUCCUGGCUCAGAGCUUCGCGGACUCCCUGGGCUGCAGCUCUGCCUCUUCGGCUGAGAUGUUGCAGUGCCUUCGGCAGACGGCAAACAAAGAGCAGAUCCUUAACGUGAAGUUGAACACUACGGCUUCCUACACCGUUGAUGGCACCUUCUUUCCCAAGAGCCCCAUGGAACUCUUGAGGGACAGGCACUUCCACUCUGUGCCCUUCCUCGUGGGUGUCAACAAUCACGAGUUUGGCUGGCUCAUCCCCAGGGGCUGGGGUUUCCUGGAUAAGAUGCAACAGAUGAGCACAGAGGAUAUAUUGGCCAUGGUGAAACCCUACUUGGCCAGUAUGGAUGUGCCCCCUGAGGUGAUGCCCAGCAUCAUAGAUGAAUACCUAGGCAGCAGUUCCGACACAGAAGCCAAACGCAACGCCUUCCAGGACAUUCUGGCUGACAUCACCAUUAUCUUACCCUCCUUGAAUUUCUCUAGAAACCUCCGAGAUUCUGGAGUCCCCAUCUUUUUCUAUGAGUUCCAGCAUCGACCCAGUUCUUUCACGAAGAUCAAGCCGGAGUGGGUGAGGGCUGACCAUGGGGCUGAGAUAGCCUUCAUGUUCGGGGGUCCUUUCCUCACGGACGAGAGCUCCCUGCUGGCCUUUCCAGAAGCUACAGAGGAGGAGAAGCAGCUGAGUCUCACCAUGAUGGCUCAGUGGACGCAGUUUGCCCGGACAGGGGACCCCAAUGGUGAGGGGCUGCCUCCGUGGCCCCCCUUCAACCAGUUGGAGCAAUACCUGGAAAUCAGCCUGACACCACGAAUUGGCCAGAAGCUGAGAGAAGCCCAAAUGCAGUUCUGGGCAGAGAGGCUUCCGGCCAAGAUUGGCCAGUGGCGGCAGAUGCGGAAGGCUCAGGAGGAGCUCUGA